AUGUUCAAAAGCCGAAGCCUAAAAAAAGGUAAAAAGAAUGUUAAAAACGUUUCAAAAACCAACUUUGUGAAAGGAGAAAGCUUUAACAAAGAAGGUGAAACGAUUGAAAAAGGCUCAAAUUCUGAAUUUGUGAAACAAAAGGCAAAAGGCUCAAACGAAGCAUCUUCGUCCUCAAACAGUGAAUGUGAGGAUGAUCAAAAAGAAAAGAAUGAAAAGAUUGAUAAACGACGAUGCUACAAAUGUCGUUUGAAAGGACAUUUAGCUGCAAAUUGUCCAAACGAAAAUGGAAAGAGUCGUGUUGAUCCUGAUCUUGAUAAACCUUUUGACACCAAACCACAAAAUGAACCUAAAAAGAAUGAAAAGAAAAGUGGUAAAACUCUAAAAGGUGAAAAACCUAAGGUUGUAAAGCAAGAAAGCAAACCUGUUUCUAAACAAAAGGUUAAAAAUAAAAAACAAAUGGGUCAGGAUACCGAUUCUUCAGAUGAUGAUAGCCGUCGUGGUUCAGAUCGUGGAUCAGAAAGUUCUUCAGCAAAACAUGAAAGUCGUCAGAAAACCCCUGCUCGACGACCAAAUAUUGUAACUUUCCGACCACAAGAACAAGAUCAACAUUUUGGAGGUUCUAACAACCAAAAUGUUAGACCUCUCGCUCAAAAUCAUUAUGUUGACAACCAAAACGUUUCACCGACCAGAUUUCAUGGUCAAAGACAACAUUCGGGAUACCAACAACGACAUGUGUUUCAUGAUAAUGAGAAACCAUGA